UUAACAUUUCUCUCCACCAAUCUCAAACAAACUUAAACUCACUACUACUUCUUAAGCCUUUUGAAGUCCACAAAACAAAUGGCUCCAAGAACCUCCCUUGCACUCUUCCUUUCCCUCAACCUCCUCUUCUUCACUUACACCACUGCGACCACAGGGACUUGUCCUGAUAAUACCCUGCAGGUCGCUCUUUGCGCAAAUGUGCUCAAGCUAGUGAACAUAACAUUGGGAAGCCCACCUGUACAGCCAUGCUGCACUCUCAUCCAAGGCUUGGCUGACCUUGAGGCCGCAGCCUGCCUCUGCACAUUGGUCAAGGCUAACGUUCUUGGACUCAACCUUAGCCUUCCCAUCGAUCUCACCGUUCUCCUCAAUGUUUGCGGUAGAACAGCUCCAGCGAACUAUCAGUGCUUGUAAGUUGAACACUUAUAAAUGAAUGAAUCAUACAGUUGGUGUUUUGUUUUAUUUACGUUCUCAUGCAAUAAUAAUGGAUAAUGGGGUUGUGUGUGGGUAAUCGGCAAGUUUGCACUCCUUUGUUUCAUUGUUCCUCCACUUCCUGUUUGUAACUUUGUCUUACGGAUAUGAUUAAUAAAAGUAUGAAUCGAUGUCGUUGUUUAUAUGCC